UAAUUAUAACAAUAAUAUAAAUGUAACUAUAACUGUUAUUAUAAUGAAGUAUAGGUCUUGAAGUGUCUUUAUAAAUGCAUUUAUAGAAGUAAUAGUUAGUAAUAGAAGUAAUAGUUGCUUAUAAAUAAUUAUAAAUGGGGCUAUAAUUCGUUAUGAGCAUGGGCUUCAUAGAAAGUGUUACUGUAUAUUUUAUAUAAUAUAACAUGCUCUCUCAGUGCUCCUGUGGAUAAAUCACGGGUCAUACAGCUAUCAGACAAUCACAUGUCACCCUACGGAUCCCUUCAGAAAUCAACCAAUAUCAAACAAUACAAGAAUGGAAACUGAAAGGAGAAAUGCUCAUAUUUGCCAUGUGAUUUCAGCGUUCUGAGACAAAAUGUAUGAGUUCAGGGUUUGGCUCUGUGACCAGCUGACUAAGGAAGUCAAAUGGGCAACAAAUCACUCCAAUCGAUGCAGUAAUUGCCUUGAGUAAGAGCAUGCAGGAGUGUGAGAGAGAAAGUGUGUGUGUAUACUGACUAUGUUUCUGCCUCUGUGUCCUAAGGCAAUUUUUCCACCUCGUAUUCAUCCUUUAUGUGCAAGCUCUAGGUGAAUGCAUGUUUAGUCUGUGUGUGUAUGUAUGAGUGCUCCAGAUUAGUGCUCCUCAAUGUUCAAAUUCAAAUUUUAUUGGUCACACACAACCAUGCACAGUACGACGUGCAGUAAAAUGCUUUUUACUGUCCAGUGACACAAAAACAGAAUUUACCUAACACAAAAUUUGAUUGCAUAGAAGUAGAAAUAGAAAGGAUAUAAAAGAUAGAUGGCAGAAAAAGUGUGGACUGUAUGUGAAGUAAAAGUGCAGAUGUGUGCAGCUGUAUGUGCAAUACAAUGCUGUGCAACACUGAGCUGAGAUAAUCGUAGUGAAAAUGCUAACAUACUGUAUAUAAUAAAUGUUUAUAAAUACAGGAUAAUACGGGUAUAUUAACAGGAAUGUAGGGAUUGUGGGUGUUGUGCAAACAAAUCCAAGGUCUAGUCCUAGGUGUUGUCCUGGUUGAGGACCUGAAUGACCUGUGGGAAGAAGCUCCUCCUCAUUCUCUCUGUGUUGGCCUUCAAGGAGCGGAAGCGCUUCCCUGACCACGAAAGACAGAUGUUAGACUGAGUCUGUGAACUUUGCCAUCUGGGACACUGUCGUCCGACGCCAUGAGCUGGAGCUUCCUGACGCGUCUGCUGGAGGAGAUUCAAAACCAUUCCACACCGGUGGGGAAACUCUGGCUCACAGCAUUGGUGGUAUUCCGCAUCGUGCUGACGGCAGUGGGUGGAGAGUCCAUCUACUAUGACGAGCAGAGCAAGUUUGUGUGCAACUCAGGCCAGCCUGGCUGUGAAAAUGUCUGCUAUGACGCCUUUGCGCCGCUCUCACAUGUCCGGUUCUGGGUCUUCCAGAUCAUCUUCUCUGCCAUGCCAUCACUCCUCUACAUGGGUUACGCGGCCAAUAAGAUCUCCCGCACCAAGGAGAUGCCAGGGGCUGGGGAUGGAGAUCCAGCAGGAGGUGGAGCAGAAGGUGGAUACACACAUCGGAGGCCAAGGAAGCUGUACUUCGGGGCACGUCAGCAUCGGGCAGGGCACGAGAAUUCAGGGGAAGAGAGAGAGGAUGACCCGAUGAUCUAUGAAGUGCCUGAGAUCGAUAACACUCGAAGGGAGCUUGUUCCACCACGCCCCAAGCCCAAAGAGCGGCAUGACGGGCGGCGGCGCAUUCGAGACGAUGGUCUGAUGCGAGUGUAUGUACUGCAGCUACUGACACGCUCGGCUCUGGAAGCGGCCUUCCUGGCUGGCCAAUAUCUCCUGUAUGGUUUUCAUGUGGCACCCAUCUUCGUGUGUUCAGGCGAGCCUUGCCCACACCGUGUAGACUGCUUUGUUUCACGUCCCACAGAGAAGACCAUCUUCUUGCGCAUUAUGUAUGGCGUCAGCUGCCUCUGCCUGUUACUCAACGUGUGGGAAAUGAUUCACCUUGGAGUGGGCACCAUCAAAGAUGCACUGCAAAAACGUCAUGCUGCCACAGCUGAAGAAGAAUACCAACUGGGCCUGCUGGGGGCCGGGGGCAUGUCUGACAGAGUAAGCGGGCCAGCACUCAGUGAAGGAGAAAUGGUGGACGAUGUCGGGAACAGAGUCAGGGAGGCAGACUACGUGGGCUAUCCGUUUUCCUGGAGCACCCCAUCUGCACCACCAGGCUAUAACAUCGUGAUGAAGCCUGAAGCCCUGCCCUACACGGACCUAAGCAAUGCCAAGAUGGCAUGCAAGCAGAACCGUGCCAACAUCGCCCAAGAGGAGCAGCAGCAGUUUGGAUCCAACGAGGACAACUUCCCUUCGGCAAGUGAUGCUCGGCCACCACCAAUCAACGAGGAUGCUGUCCAGUUAGAGGCAGCUAUUCAGGCCUAUGCCCUCCAGCACAAUGCCAGCAAUAGCCAUAAUGAGAUGCAUGACAACCACAAUAACGAUGAUAAGCCACAAAGUAACAUCCCCACUGUUCCUCAGAAAGAAAGGAAACAUCGGUUGAAACAUGGCAAAGCAGGCAGUGCCGGGAGCAGCAGUAGUAGCAAGUCCGGGGAGGGCAAACCAUCCGUAUGGAUCUGACACUAUCGGUAGACAGUUGCUCUUUGCAAAACCUUGGGUGUUUACAUACAUACCCACAUGCACAUGCACAGAUAAUACAGUUUUAGGUAUACUGUAUACACUGUAUAUUUGUAUACUGUAUACUGUUGUUGGCAUAGCAUGUUGUAGUUUUUUUAAAUAUCUUUUGUGCCUUAUGAUCCAGGGAAUGCUGGAAGAGUGAAAGUAUACUUUUGACUUAUCUUCUGGUCUUCCUGUUGUUUGAACUACAUGAACUCAUUUCUAUAUCAGCGCUUGAGCAUAACAUUUUUUUUUUUAGAAAUUUAUUUGAUAAAAAAGAACUUUGAUGAUACUGGUGUGAGAAGCUCCUGAGUCUUUCUGGGAUUUGGCAGGGUAAUUCCAAACCAAAAUAUUUAUUCAAACUGGGACUACAACAUCUAUAGCUGCACCGAUCCCACGUUUUCCAUUCGCCAUAUGAUAUCAGAGCUUGGGGUAUCGGCUGCUACGCAAUGCCAAGUUAUGCGAAACAUCAGAGGUGUUAUGGUGACAUGCUUUAGGACAAUGUACGGUCUGUGUUCAUGUCCAAGGUCUGUGUUGUGUCAUUCCACAGAACUUGUGUUAAUGGCAUAAAAUACAUCAGUGCAUUGAAUCGGAAAAAAGAUCAAAUCAGAUCCAAUACUAAACAAGGCCAAUAUAUUAGUAUCACAUCUGUACAUCCCUGAUGAGAUCGCAGUGCCAAAUUUCACAAUGAUUUCUAAAGCUGUGACAUCGCACUGCAAUGAUGUCAAUGACGUUCAUUUUUUUCCUUCCAGUAUGGAGGAUGGAUACCGACACGUAUAUACAAAUGCCUACAUAUGCAUACGUAGAACUCUUUUACCCAAAAUCAGCUCUUUUUCUUGCUUAUUGACUCACGACAGGGCCGUGUGUAUGGGUCAGUGCUGACAUCCUACCAUUCCCUGUUACUAUCUCAGAGCCUUCACAUUAAAAAGUGUCAUACAGCCCGACAAUUUUGUACAGUCUGUGAAAAAACCUUUUUGUUUUGUCAUACUGCCCCCUUCUGCUUAUCAGUAGUUAUUUCAGUCAUCCAGCAGCAGAGAUCUGGUAAAAAGCAGUUGAGUGGUGUAAUCUGUUACAAUUGUCUUUGUACAUCUGUAGUAAUUACUGCCAUGUUCAGAUAUAUUGAUUCACUCUCUAAGGAUUACAUCCAGUCACUGUGAUGCUACUGGUCUAUUUUUAUGGUCACAUGUGCCCUCAUGCUUGAAAAGCCUGUGUAUUGUGUGAAGUCUUCCAUUUUGCCUUGUAUGGCCACAAUCCAAGAUAUAUAUAUAUAUAUUUGCCUUUUCCUGCACCACUCUGCUGGCAAAACCUGAAUGCUCUGGGAGACCAAAUACUGUUUGUUGGCAUGGAUUCAUCCUGCUGCUAUGCCAUCAUGCUAACAGAGCAGAAAAGGCCAUAUAUAAAUUCAGUAUUACAUGCGAGAGAUGGAGAGGACAAACCCUUUAUAUUUCAGCAAUACUUUUCUGUAAUGAUGAUUGUGGAAUAGGGUGAAAUUAUGAAUAUAAACAAGAUUUGGCUUGUUUGUUGUAUUCAAAGAUUUCAGUUUUUUUUAUAUUGGUGUUUUCGUAUGUGGAUUUCCAUUCAGUAUUUAUCAUACCGUUUUGGUUAAGACAGUUUUGUAGGGUUUAUUUCAUUGCAUUCAAUUUUGUAACAAAAAUGAAGCUCAUUUUUUAAUGAUUCUAAAGAUGAAACAUACUUUUUAAAGUGUGCAAUGCUUAUUCAGUGGGCCAUGCUUCCAAUAUCUUUAGGUCUUGAAAUCUUGUAGUAAAACAUGAUUGGUACGAUGAUAAAUCUGAAUUUGCACUUUUGGGGAAAGAGAAUGUGAAGAAAUGAUGGUGGCAAAUAUCCAUACAUUACUGGAGAAAAUCCAACUGCAGCUGCAGCAAAAGACAUUUAACUGUGUACGUUCAGGCUCAUAUGACGGAUAGAGCAGGGAGGGAAAGGGUCUAAUUAUUAAGACCACUAAGCCAUUUUAGAGCAGUUGUAUUUUUAAGAGCUCCAAGGAGAGGAAAUACACAUAUGACAACACAAUGGAGCUGAAAAUGUAAGAUAUCUCUAGAAUAUCUCUUCUUACUGUCUUGUUGCCCUUUUUCAGACUUUUUUAAUCUCUCCUUUGUAAAUUAUAUAAAGGGGAAAUACAUCCAUUGUACUUAAAAGAAAAAAAUGUCUUGUUCUUUUCUUAAUGUGCCAAGAUGUAAUGCCCAGUAAAGUACAAUUAUUUCCAUUUUUGGAAACCCCUGUUUUUGGAUUUCAUGAAAAUGCAUGCCCAGAGAUAUUUUGAUAAUAAACAUGGAAAAUGAAUAAAUAC